CUGGCACUGUUUCCCUUCUUUUAACUAAAGUAACAAAUCAAUGUAUUUACACACGUCAAAACUGAAGCUUGGGUGAGAUUUUACUGAUUAUUCACCGUCAGUCCCGGAUCCUAAGGGUAACUUUUCUUUUCGGCUUAUCUUGCAUGACUACUUCCCUAGGUGGCGCUUUGAAUUGCUGCGAUGGCUUCGAAAAUGGAGGUGGAUGCGGCUCCGUCAAAUGUUAUGGCGUCCUCUAGCUUGUCUGGCAGUGUAUCGGUGCAGCUCCACCCACUGGUGAUAAUGAAUAUAUCCGAACAUUGGACGCGAGUCCGGGCUCAGGAAGGAAAGCCUGUAAAGAUUCUCGGAGCAUUGAUUGGUAAACAGCACAGCCGAAACAUCGAAGUGAUGAACUCAUUUGAACUGAUGUUUGACAUUGUAGAAGGAGACACUAUAAUUGACAGGGAGUACUACACUACUAAAGAAGAACAGUUUAAGCAAGUUUUUAGUGACAUGGACUUCCUGGGUUGGUAUACAACUGGAGAGAUGCCAGAUGAAUCAGACAUCACAGUACACAGACAGGUUUGUGAUAUCAAUGAAAGUCCAAUUUUCCUGAAGUUGAGUCCAGUAUCAAGACAAGCUGAUCAGCUUCCAGUCAGUGUGUAUGAAUCUGUAAUUGACCUGGUCAAUGGGGUGGCCACCAUGUUGUUUGUGGAGCUCCAGUACACACUGGCCACAGAAGAGGCCGAGAGGAUAGGGGUGGACCACGUGGCCAGAGUGUCCAGUUCAGAAAGUGCUGAGAACUCAUUAGUCUCAGAACAUCUUACAGCUCAACACAAUGCUAUCAAGAUGUUACACGGAAGGGUGAAGGUCAUCUUGGACUACCUCAAGGCAGUGCAAGCAGGUGAAGUGCCAAAAAAUCAUGAGAUACUCCGAGAGACGUACAGCUUAUGCCACAGGUUGCCAGUGUUAAGAUCUGAAAAGUUCAAAGAGGAUUUCUUCAAUCAAUGUAAUGAUGUUAGCCUAAUGACAUACCUAGGGACUCUUACCAAGGGAUGCAAUACAAUUAAUCAGUUUGUGAAUAAAUUUAAUGUUCUCUAUGAUCGACAAGGCAUGGGCAGAAGAAUGAGGGGGCUCUUCUUUUAACAUUCACUUGGGAAAUACUUUGUGUACAAUACAGAGAAAGAAUGAAAUGGAAAGGAGAUUUAAACAAUGGUGCAAAUUGCACUGGGGCAAUGACUAAACCCACAAACUACUCAUCGA